UUUUUUUUUUUUAAAUGUCUAAACAAACUAAAGGUAAUUCACAAGACAAAAAUAGAUCAAGUUCUAGUAUUAACAAGACUAUUUACAAGAUAAUAAGAAUUCUUCAAUGAAAAAGGAAACCAAGAAAGAAAAAAAGGCUCAAUUAGAUGAGAUCGAUGAGAUUUUUAAUAAAAAGAAAAAGAUGGACACUUCUGAAAUCGAUGACAUUUUCAACACAAAAUCCAUCAAGGACGCAAAGAAUACAAAGGAUACUGUAGAAAAAACCCCUACUCCUUUAUCCAAAAAUGCAAAGAGAAAAGCUGCUAAAAAGGCAAAACAGGCUAAAGAAGAAAAGGUGAAAGAAGAGUCAGAUGAUGACAAUCAAAAAGAAGAAGAAGAAGAAGAAGAAUUAAAUGAAAAAGAUGUAAAGAAAGUAGAAGAAGUUGUAUUUGCUGAAUUAGCUGCUGCUAAAACUAACAAGAACCCCAAAAAGCGUCCUGCACCUGAUGCUGAUGAAGAUUUUGGUGACUCUCGAGGGCUCAAAAAGUCCAAUCGUUUUACUGAUGAUGGAUACCCUAUUUAUGAUGUUAAAGAUUUAAAUAUUGGUAAUGGUUUAGAUACGCCUGAUUGUCCAUUUGAUUGCCAAUGUUGCUUUUAAAGUAAAUUCCUUUCUUUUUCUUUCUUUCUUUUUUCUUUCUUUUUUCUUUUUUUUUUUCUUUUUUAAUAAAGUGCACAAGAUAUACAUAAAUAUUU